AUGAAUCAGUUGAAAAGUCGACGAUUCAGCCUUGAGAGCAUCGUGGUUUGUAAAACUCGAAAAAAAUUCAUUAUUGGUCGUAAUCAAAGUCUUAUCACAACUUUGACUGCAACAAGAUUAUGUUGUUGUUUUGAUUAUUUCGUGUCACUUCUUUUGACUUUAAGAUUUCAAAUUUAUGAAAUUUCUGACAUCAAUUCACAUUAA